GGAAAGGAGGCUUAUAUAAGAAGAAGUUAGGUCCUCAAGUUCAGUUUUGAAAUAAAACUUCCACCGAUCCGACCCAUUCCCAUGCGGAGUUGAGUCUGCACGCUGAGAUGCCGAUACCCUCAUUUGCCCCAUUCCCAGACGCCAAAGUCCGAGACAGCAUUCCUCCACAGGAAUGGAGUGUCUAUCUCGAAUCAUGGACCACCGUCGCCGGAUUCUACCUCCGAUUGAACGAUGACGACUUCGCUUCUACUAUAGCAGACACGAGUGAUAGCAAUCUGACCGAUUUCCUAGUCUCGUUUUUCCACGAGCUUCCCACGGAUCCUAGACUACCCUCAGUGGCGGCACCUUUACGCAAGAAGUGCUUCCUUAUUCUCCAUAGGAUAUGGUCCGGUCAGAUAAUACCGUAUAACCUUUUACAAUGGACCUUCGUCUCGGACGUUUGCCAGUCAUUUCCAAAGAGCGAGCGGUUACGCAGCCUCCUUGCACGGAUAUGGAAGAGCUCCGGAACAGUGAUAGAAAAAAGUCUGCAAGGACCAAAGUCGAUUCUGAUUGAACAGUUAGACUCCAAGUCUCCGGGAGGUUCCGAGGACUUGCUCAACAGACUUGCACCUCUGUUAAAGCUCGUCCCUGAGGCUGGCGUAUUCAUAAUUACUGGCGCGGACCUCCUGGACUCUCUCGUUUCUGCGCACGCCAAAGUGUCGUCUGAGCUUCAAAAGAAGCUCGUUAUGACUGCUUACCUAGGCCUUGUAUCGAUCCUGGAGCAAGAGAGGCCGAACUAUUCCCUUUUAUCGGACCACUUGUACAGUCUCAAAGACAGUGCUGGGUCCGAUCCCUCCCGGAAAACUUUCCUGGCGGACCUUGUUACAAACACUCCUCUGCUGACCAAGAUAAGAGACAAAGCGACAUCGCCCGAAGCUUCAAGAGUGAAGAAUAUUGCUACAUCCCUGGCCGAGUACCGACAGUCCAGUAUAACGCGACCGAAAAAGCUCGUCCGCCGGAAGGUCGAUAAAGGUAAAGGAAAAGCUAAAGAAGAGGACCGAUAUGGACACGAUGCUUUCGGCGACGUACACGUUCACCGUAUGAGUUUGAUCACUCAGAUUCAGGAUCUUUUCCCGGAUUUGGGCUCCGGUUUCGUGGUGAAGCUCUUGGAUGAGUACGACGACAACGUAGAAGUGGUCGUUGCACAUCUCCUAGAAGACUCCUUGCCACCGCAUCUAACUAAUGUGGAUCGGAGCGAGCAGCUACCAACCCCCCCAUCCUCCAAACCCCACUUCACACCCCGUUCCACACCUCCUCCACCGGAAGCUCUCCCCAUCCGCCGCAACGUCUUCGACAACGACGAGUUCGACCGCCUUGCCGUCUCGACCUCUCAGCUCCACAUUGGCCGCAAAGACGCCUCCCUCACAGCCGACAGCCUCCUUGCGGACCGCAGCUCCGCCUCGGCCCAAACCAAGGCGUCCAUCUUAUCGGCACUGGCGCUCUUCGACUCGGACGAUGACGAACGAGACGAUACCUACGACGUCGAGGACGUCGGUGGUUUGGUAGAUACGUCGGCCCCGGAUGCGGAUGAUGCGAUGGGCACUGAUAAGAACGAUGAGGCGCUAUUCAGGGCGUACUCGGCUUCUCCCGAGGUGUUUGAAAGGGAUGCGGAGACCAGGCGGGGCAAGGCGAGGAUGGCGCUGAGGAGUGAAACGGGGAUGACGGAUGAGGGGAUUGAGGGGUGGGGAAUCAUGGUUAAGCGGGAUCCGAAGAGGUUAAGGAGAUUGCAAGCGAGGUUCUCGACGUUCCAGGGGCAGCAGAGAGAGUUGGCGUCUACGGCCUAUAGGGAAGGGCAGCUGGAGGACGGUGAGGAUAGCGGCGGUGGGCAGGGACAGAGAGGUGGGAGGGGAGGCAGGGGAGGUGGGGUUUCUGGAAGAGGCAGAGGACGAGGUGGGAGGGGAAGGGGCGGUGGUAACGUUGCUGGUCCAUCGGAUGAUAAGGGCACGCAGGUGUCGAGGCAGAGGAAAGAGGCGAACAAGGGAAGUAGGGCGAAUCAUAAUCGCCGGGAUCAGCGAGCGAAGAAGAUGGCUAGAGGCGGAUUCCCGGGCUGAUUGCUUUCUGGAGCCAGGUAGUGGCAAGCCGCUCAAUCUGUCAACAUGAUCACAAUCACCCAUCACCUCUAUGUGCUCGAUUAUGCAAUGGCGUCCCGUUCAUCGAGGAAAUAUGGUACAUGUGCUUCCCAUCGUAACGCAUGCCGGGUGGAAGCACACCAACCAGUAUUUCUAAGGUGCACACUUCAUCAAUUCUCAUUACUCUCUCCGCUAGCUACCUGCUCCCCACCCAAAUCCCUCCCUCGCCAUGCCAAAACGAACCUUCAGCGCGCAGAAACAGC